AUGGAGGCGGCAGCGGCAGGUGUGUCUGACCGGUGGCGGUGUCGGCGCGGUGUUGCAGGAGGCUCGAUGGAGGUGCGGGCGUUCGACUCGCACCUGCGCGGCCCCAGCUUCCUGCUGGAGCCGCCGGCGCGGCUGGAGUUCUCCAACUCGUCGGGCGGCUGGCUGGACUGCUCGGCGAGCGGCAGCCCGCCGCCCACGGUGGACUGGCUGGCUGUGGACGGCGCGCCCGCUGCCGACGUGCCCGGCGUGCGGCGCGUGCUGCGCAACGGCACGCUCGUGCUCAUGCCCUUCCCGCCCGCCGCCUACCGCCAGGACAUUCACUCCACCGUCUACCGCUGCGUCGCCUCCAACAGCGUCGGCAGGCUCAUCAGCAGGGACGUCCAGGUCCGCGCCGUGGUGGCGCAGGCGUACAAGGUGGAGGUGGAGGUGCUGGGGGCGCCCCGCGGCUGCACGGCCGUGCUGCGCUGCGUGGUGCCGUCCUUCGUCAGGGAGCUAGUGCGCGUCGUCUCCUGGGUCCAGGAGCCUGGCUUCUACGUCUACCCCUCGCUGCAAGGAGACGGCAAGUUCCACCUGCUGCCGUCCGGGGAGCUGCUGGUGCACAACGUGGAGUUCAGCGACCAGUUCCCGCCGUACCGCUGCCGCACCAUGCACCGCCUUACCAGGCAGGUCGUCGUCAGCAGCCCCGCCAACAUCCGCAUCACAGAGCACCGCGGCCUGGUGUCGCCGGCCAUCGUGGAGCACACGAGCAGCGUGCAGGUGGCGCAGGACGAGGGCGCCGUGCUGCUGUGCGUGGCCCAGGCCUGCCCGUCGCCGGAGUACAGGUGGUUCUCGCUGACGGCGGGCCCAGAACCAGCGUCGGUAGUGGCGGGCCCUCGCACGCGCCUGCUGGGUCCCGUGCUGGUGGUGGAGGCGGCGGUGUCGGAGGAUGCGGGUGUCUACCGCUGCGUAGCCUCCAACGCGGGCGGUGAGGCCAGCGCUGACCUCCGCCUCACCGUCGUCACCCCGCUCCGGGUCGAGGUUCAGCCGCCGCGGCUGAGCGUGCACCUGGGCGGCAGGGCGGAGUUCCGCUGCGUCGACGCGUCGGGCUCGGCGCACCCGCAGCAGCCGCUCGGCAUCACGUGGUACAAGGACGCGCGGCCGCUGCCCGGGCCGUCGCGGGACCUGCUGGUGGUGGCGAGCGUGGGGCGCGAGGACCGCGGCAUGUACCAGUGCGUGGUGCGCCGCACCGAGGGCGACACGGCGCAGGCCGCCGCCGAGCUGCAGCUGGGAGACGCGCCGCCGGUGCUGCUGUACAGCUUCAUCGAGCAGACACUGCAGCCCGGGCCGGCGGUGUCCCUCAAGUGCAGCGCCUCGGGGAACCCCACGCCGCAGAUCGCCUGGACGCUCGACGGCUUCCCGCUGCCCACCAACGGCAGGUAG